AUGGCGUCUACUCUGCCUUCCACGCCCAUCUUCGAGGCCAUUGCCAAACAUGAUCCCAAAAGUCCCGCCAUCAUCCACAGUGCCUCUGACCGCACCUUUUGUUACGGCAGCUUGUUGCACGAUGUGGCCGCCGCCAAAGAUAACUUGACCUCGCUGGCCGGCGGGAAGCCUCUGGCCGGCGAAAGAAUUGCUUUUCUGGCCGAGAACGGCUAUGACUAUGUAGUGACGUUUCUUUCGAUUCUCGCCCAUGACGCUAUUGCUCUCCCUCUCGCCCAUACCCAUCCGAACUCGGAACUGCGGUAUAUCAUCGAGAAUAGUGAGGCGGCGCUAUUUUUGUCAACCGAGAAGUUUCAAGCCAAGGCUCAAGAGGUGGUCGAGACAGGCCUGGACCAUGUCCCACAAUUAGAAAUCCUCUCCAAGAUCGAGACGGGAGCGGUGUCGGCGGAGACUGUCAAGUUUGGCCCGGACAGCGUGCAAAAUGGCGGAUUCAUGCUCUACACAUCUGGAACGACCAACAGACCGAAGGGGGUAGUGUUGUCUGUACCCACCAUCACCGCUCAAGCCAGAUCCCUGAUCGAAGCAUGGAACUACGCGCCAUCCGAUCUGCUCCUCCAUGUCCUGCCGCUCCACCAUAUCCACGGAACCAUCAACGCGCUGUUCACGCCUCUGAUGGCUGGCGCGGCUGUGGAGUUCGCGUACCCAUUUAACGCGGAUACGGUAUGGAAACGGCUGGCCGCACCCUUCCUUCCACAUUCCCCACCAACGAAACGACCGAUCACGUUCCUGACCGUGGUUCCUACUAUCUACAACCGACUUCUUGCCACCCACCCUUCGCUGGACCCAGACAUGCAAGAAGCAACCCGCACAGCCAUCACGCCACAGUAUAUGCGUCUGAACAUCUCCGGAUCCGCGGCGUUGCCAUCGCCGACCAAACAAGCCUGGACCGAACUCAGUGGCGGGAAUGUCCUGCUCGAGCGGUACGGCAUGACGGAAGUCGGAAUGGCGCUCUCAUGCGGACUGGCGUUUGAAGACCGUGUCGAUGGAAGCGUGGGCUGGCCGUUACCAUCGGUGGAUGUGCGACUUGUAGAGUCCGAGACCGGCCAGGUCAUCGAGCCUGGACAGGAGACGGAUGCGAACGGCAAUCCUCGUGAGGGUGAGAUCCAGUUGCGCGGACCGACCAUUUUCAGCGGCUACUUCCGCAAUACGAAAGCCACCGCGCAAGAGUUCGUCGAAGCCACCGACGGCCGCGGCAAAUGGUUCAAGACCGGCGACGUGGCCAUCCGCCAGCACGUCCCUGGCACAGGGAAAAGCGACCAGGCAUGGGCCAAGGGCCCCAUGUAUUUCAUCCGCGGCCGCAAGAGCGUAGACAUCAUCAAGACCGGCGGCGAGAAGGUGUCGGCGCUCGAGGUCGAGCGUGAGCUCCUCUCACUCCCCGAAGUCUCCGAGGCCGCUGUGGUCGGUCUCACCUCGGACCAGUGGGGCCAGAAAGUCGCCGCGGUCGUCGUCCUGACUCCCAAAGGCUUGACUGGCGGCCGUGGUGGCAAGCCCUGGGGGGCCAUGGACAUGAGGCGCGCGCUGAAGGACAGGCUAGCCAACUACAAGAUUCCCCAGGAACUCAAGAUCGUCGAGUCCAUCCCGCGCAACGCCAUGGGCAAAAUCAACAAGAAGAAUCUGAUCAAAGAUGUCUUUGAGAAAUAG